GGGAGGCUGGGGCUGCGGUGGUGGCGGGCGGCGGGCCUCGGGACACGGAGCGACACGGCCUAGCGGGGCAGACGGCCGAGGGAACUCGGGCAGCCGGCCGGGCUCGCCAUGGAGAUAGAGAAGGAGUUCGAGCAGAUCGACAAGUCCGGGAGCUGGGCGGCUAUUUACCAGGAUAUUCGACAUGAAGCCAGUGACUUCCCAUGCAAAGUGGCGAAACUUCCUAAGAACAAAAACCGGAACAGGUACCGAGACGUCAGCCCUUUUGACCACAGUCGGAUUAAAUUGCACCAGGAAGAUAAUGACUACAUCAACGCCAGUUUGAUAAAAAUGGAUGAAGCCCAGAGGAGCUAUAUUCUCACCCAGGGCCCUUUACCAAAUACUUGUGGGCACUUCUGGGAGAUGGUGUGGGAGCAGAAGAGCAGGGGCGUGGUCAUGCUCAACCGAAUCAUGGAGAAAGGCUCGUUAAAAUGUGCCCAGUAUUGGCCACAGAAAGAAGAAAAAGAGAUGGUCUUUGAUGAUACAAAUUUGAAAUUGACACUAAUCUCUGAAGAUGUCAAGUCGUAUUAUACAGUACGACAAUUGGAGUUGGAAAACCUGGCUACCCAGGAGGCCCGAGAGAUCCUACAUUUCCACUACACCACGUGGCCUGACUUUGGAGUCCCUGAGUCGCCUGCCUCUUUCCUCAACUUCCUGUUUAAAGUCCGAGAGUCAGGUUCACUCAGCCUGGAGCACGGCCCCAUCGUGGUGCACUGCAGUGCUGGCAUCGGCAGGUCGGGGACCUUCUGUCUGGCUGACACCUGCCUCUUGCUGAUGGACAAGAGGAAAGACCCGUCUUCUGUGGAUAUCAAAAAAGUGCUGCUGGAGAUGCGCAGGUUCCGCAUGGGGCUCAUCCAGACAGCCGACCAGCUGCGCUUCUCCUACCUGGCUGUGAUCGAAGGUGCAAAGUUUAUCAUGGGCGACUCCUCAGUGCAGGAUCAGUGGAAGGAGCUCUCCCAUGAAGAUCUGGAGCCGCCACCCGAGCAUGUUCCCCCACCUCCCCGACCACCCAAACGCAUCCCGGAGCCUCACAAUGGGAAGUGCAAGGAGCUCUUCUCCAACCACCAGUGGGUGAGCGAGGACACCUGUGAGGAUGAGGACAGGCUGGCCAGAGAGGAAGGCAGAGCCCUCUCAAGUGCCACGCACAACGUGAGCAGCAUGAGUCAAGACACUGAAGUUAGAAAACGGAUGGUGGGUAGAGGUCUCCAAGGUACCCAGGUAUCUGUCCCCACCAAGGAAGAGCUGUCCCCAAUGGAGGAGAAACAAAAGGCACACUGGCCAACUCACUGGAAGCCCUUCCUGGUCAACGUGUGCAUGGCCACAGCCCUGGCGACUGGUGCGUACCUCUGCUACCGGGUGUGUUUUCACUGACAGACUGCUGUGAGGCGCGAGUGCGGCGGGCGUUGCCGCCGCCCAGCUUAGGAUUCGGUCUGCGGCAUCCGACCCGGUGUUGGGGAACAGCUCGCAAGCCUGCGGUGGAACUGGAAGGGCCAGCCCAGGAAGGGCAGCAGUGCCCUGGGCUUUGAAGGAGCCCACGGUCCCAAGAACAGUCUAAUCUCAGGGCCUUAACCUGUUCAGGAGAAGUAGAGGAAAUGCCAAAUACUCUGACUCACUUGCUCUCACCUCACUCCUCUCCCCUUUCUCUGGUUCGUUUGUUUUGGGGGGUAAAAAAAGAAUUACAACACGUUGUUUUUAACAUUUAUAAAGACAGGUUUUUGUUCUUUCGGGGGAGGAGGGAAGACGCUUGUGCCCUUUGGUGUGUGAUCAGAUUCAUGAUUUACAUUGGUUUCCCAGGGGAAAGAGCCUAACCGGUCAGGGAUAUAAAGCUCCUGCUGGUUUGGGCCCUCCCCACUUUGCACCCUGAGCUUGCAGGAGCCGGGGUGCCACCCUGUUGUGAGGAGAGCAACAGUACAGGCCGUGUCCCUGCAUUUCCAUCCUCACCUGUGCCCUCUUUCCUUGUGACAACCAUCUUGCAGAUGUCCCAGCCCUCACCACCCACCCCUGCAAAUGGGUUUCCCUGAGGGCCCUGCCUCAGGGUCAGGUUCAUCUUAGGUGGCUGCUGGCCUUUGUGCUGCAGUUUCCAUUUCAUUUGCAAAGUCAGCACUGCUGUGGUAAAAGCCACUCCACUGAAGUGUGAGCAUGACUGAUGGAAGGAGCAGCCUUGGCGUCAUGGAAGCCACUCUGCAGGACUUGUACCAAUGAAGCACUCAGUUCUAUCCCAGAGAACAUCCUAGAAGGCAUCAGAUGAUUUUUGUGAACUGCAAAGACUGUUUUCCUGAGCGGUGAUUUUCAGAGUCUGGACUCACAAAACCCCCACCAAGCGCUAGCCUUGCUGCCUCUAGUGCUGGUGUGGCUGAGGCCCUGAGGAGGCGGGCGCUGUGGUGCGUGCUGGGCACUUGCUUUCCUGAGGCUGCUGUCUAGCAGCACAAGCCUUCACUCCAGCCGCUCAGCUACAGGCUACCAUAGCCAUGGUGUGGAAGGGCUGCUGGCCAGCAGAGCCAGCUGCAGAGGAUGCUUGUUCACACGGAGCCACUGUCCCAGGCCAUGCAUCUCCCUUUCUGCUUUCUCCUUCCACUUCUUUCCCUGGAGCACCAAGCCCAGAGUCAUUUUGAAGAGUGCAGGGAAUGGCAGAAGCAGAACAGUGGCCCAUGGCAGUAGCAUGAGGCUCCACCCCUUCCCUAGAAGCCACUCCGCUCUUAUUUAUUCACCUUUUCUCAAAGGCGUCCCCACUGCACGAGCACAUCCCUACACUGAUGAUGGAAGUUGUCAGCCUGGCACCCAGGGCUUUGUCAGGUACAGUAACACAUCAGUCCUCCAGAGCCAGGACUGCAAGCCUGACAGGAGCCCCUGUAUGACCAGGGCUAGGGCUAGGAGCUGCAGGUGUGAGGAGCAACUGUCAGAAACCUGGGACAGUGUAGUAACGUGGAAAGACCUUGUGGUGCUGAUGUGACACGCAAGGGUCAAGGCUGGGCUUUCUCCCCAUGACCUCUGGAUUCUGUUCCCAGCCUCUGUUUUCUCUGUGAGUUAGAGAACGCGAAGUCCUGGUGGUGCCAAGUGCUUGACAUGGGAAACGUAGAUAGAUGCCUACUCACUGACAGCCCGUGUCCAGUGCGGAUGCUGCCUCACUCCUGGCAGGGCACCUCAGGCUCCCUGGCCUGCCCCUCCUAGCCCACCAAGCCCCGCUGGAUCUCAGACAUUCCACAUUUACAUCUCAUUCCCUGGACACUUAGGCAGGCAGGGCCCUUCCACCUCUGGGAUCAGUCCCUCCAUUCCAAGUUCAUACUCUCCCAAGAGCAGGUCAGGAUUGAAAGCAAAGCUGCUUGUGGGAAGCACCCUCCUGGGAACAGCGUGGGUGUCCUUAGAGUCAGCCUGCUGUUGUUGCUGCCCUGGGCCACCUUGCCCAGAAACGUGCAGCUCCUGAGCUUGGUAGAGACUGAUGGUGCUCAUGACUCUUCCUGUGAAGGGAACUUAAGACCUCCACAUUGGGUGGCUUUUUAAAAUAAGCGAAGGCAGCCAGAACUCCAGACUGCCUCUUGCCAGCAUUUCACAUUUUGCCUUUCACCCAGAGAAGCCAGCACAGAGCCACUGGUGGGAACGGUGGUGGCCUUGCCUGCAGAGCCUGGUGGGUAGCACGGCCAGGGUCCAGGCUGAGAGCAGUCAGCAGGGGGCUGUGUCUGUAUAGUGGGGUGUGUACAGUAGCCUUCUAGGUGGAUGUCCUGGAGAACAGGCGCCCUGUCCCAUCGCCUGUGUGGAGGUAGCAAGCUGCUGUAUGCCUUAAGCCAAUAUUUACUCAGCAGGUCCUUCUUCCUUCGUCUUCUUCCUUCCUCCUCCUCCUUUCUUCCUCCUCCUCCUCCUUUCUUCCCCCUCCUCCUCCUUUCUUCUUCCUCCUCCUCCUUUCUUCCUCCACCUCCUCCUCCUCCACCACCUCCUCCUUUCUUCUUCUGCUUCUUAUUCUUUCUUCUUGAUGGCCAUGGAAUAAACCAUUUUUACAAAAAUAAAAACCAACAAUAAAAAUAAAGUGUUCCGGUAUAGUGUGUGGGGUGGUGCAUGCCCCAGUGGGGGUGUCUCAGGGUCUUCUGUGACCUCACAGAACUGUCGGACUGCACCGUUUCCAACUUGCUGUCUCACUGAUGGGUCUGCAUUAGUUGCAACAAUAAAUGUUUUUAAAGAACA